CCGCCUCCUUCUCCGCAGUGACCAGCACGGGUGUUUUCAGCUUCUCUCCCAGCCCGCUUUUCCCCGGUCCUGCCUGAUGGCAGCAGCAGGAGGCCCGGAGAAAAUCAAGCCGGUGUUUUGCAGACCCGAAUGCAGGAAUUCGCCCUUGCGUGCUGAAUAAACACUCUGAAGAGCUUAAUUACCGCCCGGUCACGUUCAAGGGAUGCUUCAGCCCAGAUCAACUGUACCUCCCUUUCCUCCUCAUCUUCCACCACUGCAGACUCGUCUGCUGAGUGUUUUGAUGGCAUUGAUCUGUUUUGCUCACACCUGUGUUAAUCUGUUCCUCCAGCACCUUAGCAGGCAUACAGAAGCGAUUUCAGACCAUUACCAUGUUGGAUUGUGGAAGCAUAAAAACUGCAGCGAAUCCAAGAGCAUUGUGAGAAGUGUGGUAGAGAAGUUUGUUGUCAAAAUCUUAAUCUGAUAAAGGAGAUGUUACUUUGUACUUUGUUUAAAUAUGUAUUUAAAUUCAAAGGGCAACUAGAUAUUCUUGGGAAAAACAAACCAAAAACAGUUCAUAAACUAGCAUAUCAGAAAUUCAUGUUAAUUUAGUAGGCAUUCCUGUCUGUACUUCUGGUUCUCAAGGGGAAACUAUGACAUAAUUUGAUUGAAAGGGGGAAAAGUGACAGAUACAGAACUUUUUUGUUUUAUAUUAAAGGCCAGGCAUUAAAAGCAUCCCAGGAAAGCAUGGCAUCCUGCAAAAGCCUAUGGGAAGGCAGAGGGGGGAAAGUUACAGAAAAAUAUGGGCAAUACCCCAAGAGAAUGUAUAUGAAGAAAUAGCAGAAUAUAAGGGCAAGUCAAACAAAAACACACACAAAAAAAUUUAGGUGUUUUAAAUUACUGUCAGCAACUGGUCUUUAGGAUACUCCAUAUGUAGAAAUUUUAAGUUUUCCAUAUUUAUCUGACUAUUUAUCCAGUUUCAACAUGAACCUUAGUUACUACUUGCAAAAUGACUUUUCUAUCAAUAUAAUAACUUACAUUUGUUUUAUGGAUUUAAUUUUCUCCUUUUCUUUCCACAGUGACUUGAAGCUAGUGCUCUAAAUAUCCUUGGCUCCAAAGUACAGAGAGCUAUCUUGAGAUUUCUUCUGCCUAUGAUCAUCUCUGCAUACUAGUUAGAAGCACCGUAAAGACAAGUUUUAUAGGAAAAUCUUAUAUUAGAUGAGGAAGAAGCCACAAAACCUCUGCCAGGCUGUGAAUGUCUCCUUCUAGAGGUGAUCAGGAGUUCUGAUGAAGCUGAUGGAGGUGAUUCUAGGUAAAAGACACAUCUAGAAACUCCUGAUAACCUCACAAAUUUGUGGCUUUAGAAAUGCUCAAGAACCAGGGAAAGUUACAUGCUUUUAUUGUGGAGACUACAGCUUCCUAACAGCUAUCUCAUUCCAAACCAAGACUGGGAGGAGAACAUAGAAAACAAAGAACCAGUUAAAAACUGAACAUGUUAUUUUUGUGUUAAAACAAACACAGAGUAUUGAAAAACGAUUAAGGGAAUUGCAAUGAGAAGGAGGAGGCACUGGGGAGAAACAGCUUAUUGUUGUCCAUCCACUGUGUAACAGCCUAUACAUUGCAAGGAGGCAACAAAGGCUUGGAGCAUUUCUCUAAGAGAGAUCAGUUUCUGAGCACCUGCUGGAAGUGCUGCUGUUUCUGGACCCCAGUGUCCUGGUGUAGCCCUGCUCAGCCUCCCACUGGCCCUUCAGAGCUGGCAUGGAUUCAGAUGAAACCUGACAGGGGAAACUGCUCUCUGUGGGAAAUAUUUUCUGAAGCUCAAAAUAAAGAGAAAUAAUUGAGGUUUCAAUAUGUACAGAUACAAUCAGGGGCUGUAUGACACGGUUCCUACACUAUCCCUUUUGCCUGAAGACAGGAGUGUAUUUCCCAGUAAGAAGUUCAGGUAACACAGAAAAACCUGAAAAGAAAAUUUAUUCCUGCCUGGAAGUUCAGUGCAGUGGUCCUGCAGUCAGUGUCCUACUAGCCAGAGAUGGUCCCAAAGGUGCAAAGGGAGAACAGGUACAGAGCUAUGAGCAUUUAGCAAUACUUUUUCCUGGAAAAGUUGGACCUUCAGAAAUAAAAGGAACUUUAGAACCACAAGGAGAGAGAGGAAUAAAAGUAGAAUAUAAAGUAACUGAUGACUUGCAGAGACAAGUAACUGCUUUGGAAACAAAAGCACAGGUUUUGGAGGCUGAAUGAAAUAGACCCAAAAAAGGUUAUACAGGUACAGCAAAAAAGCAAUUACUGAAAUUGGUAAAGGAUAUGAAUUUUCCAGAGUAUGAUUUAGCUGCUGAUCUGCUUCAUGUCCUCCUUGUGAUUACUGGCAAAGUAUCUUUGCAGUUCUCAAGUGAACUGCAUUCCUUUUCUGCAUUAAUUGGUGUCCUGAAGCUAUGA